GCUGGGCUUGGCUCCAGCUGCUCCAGUUCCUCUCCCCUCUGGAUUCAGAUAAUUUUUGGGGUGAGGGGAGGUGAGCUGAGUGAUCAACAGGUCCCAGCUCAGUCUCCCCUCUGUCCACCUCAGCCCCCACCACAUUUAUGGAGAGAAACUAGCCAGUAAAACUUAAAGAACAAAAGAACUACAUUCAAACUGAGCUGGAGAAGGCUUUGGGGAAUCUAUGGUUGUGAAAGUGGACAUAUCGGCUGGCAACCGUAUUAGCUUUGAGGCCACAGCAUUCACUUUCUUCAUCAUCCUUCUAAUUUGCCUCAUUUGCAUCCUCCUUUUAUUGGUGGUUUUUUUAUAUAAAUGUUUUCAAGGCAAGAGAGAAGAGACAGAAAAAAUUCCUUGUACAGAUGCUAACGGAGGUGAAGAUUGUUCGCCUGCUAAUGUGGAGGAUAAUACAGGAGGCCAAGAAAAGGUCAUAAUGGAAAUCAUGGGAAUGAAUGAACCAGUGAGGCACGGCAUUCUUGUCCAGAGACGGAAUAAGGAAGCGGUGGCCACAUCCUUAGAAAACAGAGAGGACACGGAGGCACAGGAGGGAGACAAAAUGAAAAAGAAGCAAGUGUCUGGGAAUGCUGGAGAAACUGAUCAAGAGGGUGAAAAGUUGAAGAUAACACACCUACCUCUCAAUAGAGUUUCUUCAGAUGUUGAAAACUCAAAAAGACCUUUAAAAGGAGUGACAUUUUCUAGGGAAGUAAUUGUCGUGGAUCUUGGUAAUGAAUACUCUGCACCUCGAAGUUACACUCGAGAACAUAAAGAGAGAAAAUGAAGCUCAAAAAAAAAGCUGAGAAUGAAAAAAAUAUAAUCUUUGACUAACAUUGAAAUGACUGAGUGUACCAAGUCAUGUUGAAACAACAAAAUAAUGGGAAUUAAGCAAAUACAGAUAUUAUUUUACCUUUGUGUAGAAAGAAGUGUGAGCCACAUACAGAAUUCUGUAAGUAAAAUCCUUAGGCUUGAAUAUAAUUUUCCAAAGACUCAACUCUGAGUUCAAUAAACAAAUUGUAUUAAGCAUUCUUAAAACUGUGCCUACUCAAACACUGUCCUAACAUGUGAAUAAAGUUUUUUAUGUUUGUGCA